UCGCAGGCGGAUUCGCGGCUCGGGCGGACACGCGGCUCUCUGUGCCCUCUUGGUUUUCCUGCUCCCGGCCUCCGGUCUUCAACUCCACCAUGGCUCCUAAAGGCGGCUCCAAGCAGCAGUCCGAGGAGGACCUGCUUCUUCAGGAUUUCAGCCGCAACCUGUCGGCCAAGUCGUCGGCGCUGGUUGUAUUGGCGAAUAUGGCAUAUGGAUCUUAUUCAGUCUGCUGUUCUCUACAGUGUGAUGACAUUAGUAAGCACUUACUUGGUAGCCUUUGCAUACAAGAAUGUAAAGUUUGUCCUGAAGCACAAAGUAGCACAGAAGAGGGAGGAUGCUGUUUCCAAAGAAGUGACUCGAAAACUUUCUGAAGCUGAUAACAGAAAAAUGUCUCGGAAGGAGAAAGAUGAAAGAAUCUUGUGGAAGAAGAAUGAGGUUGCUGAUUAUGAAGCCACAACAUUUUCCAUCUUCUAUAACAACACUCUGUUCCUGGUUUUGGUCAUUGUUGCUUCCUUCUUUAUACUGAAGAACUUCAAUCCCACAGUGAACUACAUUUUGUCUAUAAGUGCUUCAUCUGGACUCAUCGCUCUCCUCUCUACUGGCUCCAAGUAGACUGUGGAGCUUGGCCCCCUGCCUUUGUAUCUAUGGGUGGCCUGUGGUGUAUGGAAAAGUAACAGGGUGGCCAGGUUGGGAGACACACAAGAUGUUUUUAUAGUCUGGAGUUUGAGGGUUUAAAAAUGCAAUAGAAUGUAAUACAGUGUUUGUUUAUUGGCUCUUUUUGACAGAUUGUUGAAAUUAAAUGAGUUGAAAGGGAAACUCAGAGUACCGGGACAUUUAUUAAAUGGCAAGAAGUCUUGCAAUGUGUUCUAAUCACAAGAGAAGAAAAUAACUUGUUUCCUACAUCUGUCAGAGGUCAUGGUAACCUGGACUGAGCUGUUAUUAUUUAUAAUAGGAGGAAGAAGUUAAUGACUAGUUCUCUAUGUUCCAAGCACAAUAUUACAACUUUUGACUGUAAAUCUCAGAGUGAAUCCUCUUCCCAAGGGAUUAAACAGAAGUCUCUGAGUUUGUAAUUUAUAAUAACUCAAAAACAUGGCCUCUCCAACUUGAGGGAGAGAAACUUGCAGUUGAUUUUUUUCUUUUUUUUUAGGAAAGGCAGCCAAGGUAGUAACCUAAAAAUAGUACCCAGCCUAUGAGUGUUGGCCUGUGAAGCUACAGCACACACUGUUCAGCUGUAUGGCUUUGGCCCUGGGCUGCCAGGGAGGUCAGCUUGACCCUGCCAUAUUGGUUUGAUGUGUGAAGUCACUAGAAUCAUUGUUUUCUGUGACCAGGCUCUCAGCACUAUAGGCAGAAUAUUAAGUGAGAAAGCACUUCUUUCCUGGUUAUUGACACAUGAGAGACCAGAAGAAUUUUUUGUGAACUUAGUCCUGGAAUUCAGUGAACUCUCCAAGGAAUUUACAGUGGUUUAAAAGGGUUGUCAGCUUUUUUUUUUUUUUUUUUUUUUAAAUGAGGACUCUAAUAAAUUUGUUCCCCUUUGCCCAGGGUUCCUGUCAAUUGUGAACAAAUGCUGAUCACAGUCUUUUGAGGCCUAGCUAAGAGCAGCCUCAGGUUGUGUCCCCACCCCCCAAAUAUGUGCCGAUUCUGUGGGCCAUGACUUCCACAUUCGGAUAACUUUACACUUUUGAUCAUUGGCUUCAUAUUGCUAUUCGCUGUUCACCACACCCGGGGACUUCCUAUAAAUGGCACCUCAAAGGGAAGUAUUCCUAAUGUUUAGUUUCUACUUGUAAACUUUUGAGGAUUUUGAAGAUGUGUUCACCAGGAGUUGAACUAUUUCUGUGCUGGUAGAUGUUUGGAUGGUCUGCAUUAAGUACUUAGGGAAGGUCAGAGGAGUGCCUUUGUACAGUCACCUUACUUCUCUUUGUUGGCAUUGAAUCAUCUUACAGUGCUUCUGGAAGUGCCCAGUUCUUUUCUGUGCUGCACUGUUACCUGAGUACCCUCACCACGUAAUGUGGAAUAGUAGGAAAUGAGAAGAGAUUCAGUGCAAGGUACAUUUGGGUAACACACGAGGUAGGGUGUUUUGUUCUCCUGUUUUAAACAGUAUUUAGCUGGUAACAGUUUGUGUACCUAAUAAAAUAAUUCAAUACAUCAUCAAAUUAUUAGUAAAGCUGGGUCAAGCACCUUCUAAGUGGCUGCUGCAAACUUGCCACUAGGUGGCAGUGCCUAUGUAGAUGGAAAGAAAGUCACCACUAUUAUUUGACAAUAUUGUCAGCAGCUCAGGAAUGGUGAAAUAGAGGUGCCAGCCUCAAAGUUUUAAUUCUUUUGAAUUUUUAGCCAAAAGUUAGCCGGGAGAGUAAUUGUGUAGUUUAUUUCUGUCUUGAAUGUUUCCUACAGCUGUCUUUGUUUUUAACUCCAAAAUGACUCUAUGCUACCAGACUAGUUUCUGUUUAUGCAGUCAUAUAGCCAGAUCAUCAGCUCCCUUUAAGGAUUAAAUGUAUCAAUCUUUUACACUUAGAAAUGUGGACCCUGAUCCCUAAUCUCUUCUCCAUCAUGGAAUGUGGCAAAUAGAGUUAAGAAGUGCUGAGUAAGAGGUGCAUGACAGUAAAAUCCUAAGGCAGGAUUUUUAUAUUAAAAGGACCCCAUAUAUGUAACACCAGUAAAACAGGUCACUCAAUGUGCUUGCAUGUUUUUUUUUUUUUUUUUUUUCCAAUAUCUGUGAUCGGUAGACUUAGUGUUCAGCAUUUUCAUUUCUUGAUAUACUCAUUUAUAACUCAAUAGAAGUCUUGUAUCUCAAUUUAUAACUUGUCCUGUUUGGUAUAUUGUUUUAACUUGGGAAGGAUAAUUUGAAACAGGAUUUGAAGUUAAUUGAAAUAAUGGAAGUUGAAUUUAUACUCAACAUUCUUAUGAAAAGUCGUUUUUAACAAGUAUGAUUAAACUUUGUUUUUAAAAAUG